GCACGUCACCGUAGUUAUUUGCUUCGAGCCGUGGAAUCCGAGUUCGCGAGCCGUUAUCGCGACGGUCCGCGACAGCGUCUCUCUCGCAGCGGGUCGCGUUAACAGGCCGUAAUCGUUCCCGGACGACUCCGCGCGAGCGGGCCGAGGACAUUUGGUGCGCGAUCUCGGACUCCUCUCCAGGUCUGUGCUCGGGCGGCCACGUCGGGGGCGCGCGCGCGCGCGCGGAGGAACAGCGGGAACAAUCGCGUGGAAUAGAGCGGAAUCGCGAGAAGCGGGUCGGAGAAGCGAGGGACACCCGUGUUUCGGCCGCGAGUGUUGGCAUAACUUGGCGGGCCGCCGCCAAACAAGAGGAAGACGAGGGUGGAGGUGGCGACCGUGCGACCGAUCGCUGGACGUAACCGCGCGAUCCGCUGUCCCAGCAGCCGGUGGUGCUCGACGGAGCUCCCGACCGCCUAUUAUAUUGUCCUGUAACGCAACCUAGUUGUGCCGCUCUCUCUGCCUCUCUCUAUCUAUCUGUCUCUCUCUCUUGUCACUCGUCCUCUCUCGACACGGGCGCCGCCGCCGCCGUCGUUGUUGUUCGACGCCGCCCCCGCUGACGACGACGACGACGACGACGACACAGCCGCGCGAAUCGCAGGUUAUGUCAAGCGGAUUGGCAGGCGCUGUCUCAAACCAGCGGAUGAAAGGACAAACCGGCAACCCAGUGAGCAAUGGUCCUAAGGAACACCAGCAGCAACAACAGACGGAGCAUGCCGCUGGCGAGGACACCGGCUUCGAUUCGUGGCGAGGUGGCAACAAUGCUCAGCAUCACUCGAGUUACCCGAUCGGUACCGGCGAUCCGUACAGCCCGUACUACCCCGGCACUUCGUUCCCCUACCAGACCUUCGGUGCCGGCGAUGGUACGUGGUCGAACGGCACCGACCCGGUCGCCUUUCUCUCGGGUUACGGUGGUCAAAUAAGCCACGAUGCUUACGGCACGAUAGACGGCAUGUUCUCGGCGUCAGCGGCCGGCGGUGGUUUCAGCGCGUUCGGUCAGCCCCCGUUCAACUACUUCCACGGCAAUGGCGACUUUAGCGCGUGGGGCACGCCGAGGAGGACCAAGUACGAGGAUUACUAUCAACCACCGCGCGGCAACGAGAGCUAUGCUAAUCCUGCGGCGAGCGGCACCGGCGAGAUCAAGAGCAUCGAGCAGGGCGUGCAAGGUCUGUCGAUCGGCGGCGGGGGCGGCGAGCUGCCGCGACAGGAUCAGCAGCAUCCCCAGCAACAGAGUACGGCGCAGCAGAUCAAGCCUGAGCCGAAGGAACCUAGGAAGAUCACGUGGGCGAGCGUGGCGAGUCAACCAGCCAAGCCGGUACCGCCCCUCUCGUCCACGCAGGGGAUGAAGAAGAAAGCAGGCAUGCCACCACCGCCGAUUGUGCCGGGCAAACAUAACAUGGACAUCGGGACGUGGGGCGAGGGCAAGUCUUCCGCGCCGCCGCCGCCUACGGCGCCCCCGCCACCGCAGGUGCAGCCACCGAUCCCGCCGCCGCCGCCGCCCGUCCAGAGGCAGCAGCGACCGCAGCAGCAACAGCAGCAGCCGCCUCAGCCUUGCUGGAACAGGCAACCAUCCACAGCGACAGCGACCCCACCGCUCCCGCAAACGCAGAUUCACAUGCCGGCGCAAUCGCAGCAACAGCAACAGCAGCAACAUCAACAGCAGCAUCACCACCACCAUCACCAUCAUCAUCAGCAACAGCAGCAGCAUCAGCAGUCGCAACAGCAUCAACAGCAUCAGCAGCAACAGCAGCAGCAGCAGCAGCAGCAACAACUUUCCCAGGCCAAUCCAUCGCAUCCGGUUCUCGACGAACUGAAAGUGAAGAAUGAUUAUAAUCCCAUAGAGUUCGAUCAGACCGCGCCUGGUGCCAGGUUCUUCGUGAUCAAGUCUUACUCGGAGGACGACAUACAUCGAUCCAUUAAAUAUGAGAUCUGGUGCAGCACGGAACACGGUAAUAAACGGCUGGAUCAGGCUUAUCGAGAAGCGAAUCGUGAAGGCGCGCCCCUUUAUCUGUUCUUUUCCGUCAACGGGUCUGGUCACUUUUGCGGCAUGGCACAGAUGGUCUCUCCCGUCGACUAUCAGUGCAACAGUAGUGUCUGGUCGCAAGACAAGUGGAAGGGACAGUUUCGCGUCCGUUGGAUAUACGUGAAGGAUGUUCCUAACGUGCAACUGCGACACAUUAAGCUCGAGAACAAUGAGAACAAGCCGGUGACCAAUUCGCGGGACGCGCAGGAAGUCCCGCACGCGAAGGGCGUCACGGUGCUGCGUAUCCUGCACUCCUAUCGUCACUCUACAAGCAUUUUCGAUGAUUUCGGGCAUUAUGAGCGUCGACAGGCCGAGGAGGAUCAGCGCAAGGUUCCGAGCAAUCCCGUACAACAUCAUCAUUCUUCCUCCAAUCAUAGAAACAGAGGGCACGCCUCAGACAUGUCCAGAGAUCAUCAUCAGCAUGGUCAUCAGUCUCACCUGCAUCAGCGAAAGGAGCGCGGCCGUAGUGGCAGAGGAGGUUCGCGUCAGUAGCGCUGGGUAUCGCGGAAACGUAUUAGCGUUACUAACAAGAGUAAUCGACGUAAAAGGAGCACGCUGCGACUAAUUAUCUACAUUCUACUUAUCUUUGCUUUCCCGGAUCCAUGAUAGGCUUCGUCUGAUUUCCCGUGACCGAACAACAACACUCGUCGUCGUCGUCGUUGUCGUCGUCGUUGUCGUUGUCGCCGUCGUCGACAUCUUCGGCCGCGUUGUUCUUUCGUUGAUUAAUCCGGUAAUGAGAUAACAUUAGCGUCGCGUCGGCAUCAUCGUAAAAUAAUAUGUAACCGCAAUUAUUAUGACAAUGCGAGAGAAAAGCAGGAGGAGGAGGAAAAUAAUACACUAUUUCGAAGGAUAUUUGGCUAAACUCACUGACGAUCGUAAUUGCGUAUAGUGUGGUGUUGCGUGCUAUUCAUCGAAAGGUGUUUUUAAACGUACAAAUGCAAUGGAACAGAAGACGGGGGGGAGAGAGGGGAGGAAACGAGACGCGCGGUCUAUAGAAGAAAAAGAAAAAAAAAGAUAAAAAAUAAAAAACUGUAAUAUGUGGACUAAUCCUUGUAAAAUGCUUACACUUUUGUUGAAAAUGGAAAAAAUCUAUACAAGAACUACUAUAUUAUAUAAACAAGUGUCAUUUGGAUUGGUUAUAUCGUUUUAAACACCAAUGAACAUUUAAUCUGGUGCCUGCAGCUAUGAAGAUUGGAUGAAUUCCCCCUUAAUUGUUAUAAAGGUGCAGGGGGAGGGGGGGAGCUUGUUAUUACAACGUUCUCAGUUGUAUUUAUAACAAUCUUGCUUGACAAAAUGAAUUAUACAGAAAUUAUUGGCGUUUAUUUUAGCGCGUAUUCUCUAUAUCUGUAUAUUGCGAGUAUAUCAUCAAUUAUUAUAUUAUUCACACAUGAACUAUACAGAGAAAAAAAUGAGUUGAGAUGAUAAUAUAACAAGAAGUGAAAUAAUAUUGCAAUUAAUCUAUACUGUAAUGUACACGAUGAUGACGAUCAUUAUUAUUAUUAUUAUUAUUAUUGUACCAUUUGAUGACAUUUCAUGAGAUAUUCUUAUUGUUAAACGCAUCUCUGUUCUCUGCUUUUUUUACGAUACAUGAUAUAUCCUUUGAUGAGACAACGAUAACGUUAUACAGAGCGAUACUGAAUAAUAUAGAACUUCUCGCGUAUGAGUUUUUUAAUCGA